CGGCCGCCGUCUCAAAGCCUCAACUUCAGCCAGCAGGAUGACACACAGUCUUCGCGUUCCGGGGACACUCCUAUACCUGGCGGACCAGUGGGCAUGAACGCCCACAGUGCCGAGAAUAACAGUGAAUCAGGUGAUGGCUUGGACAACAGUGUGGGUUCUGGCGAGGGAACAGCAGAUGAAGACGAUGACAGAACAUCAAAGAGAAAUAAAAAACGCGGCAUAUUUCCAAAGGUGGCCACUAACAUCAUGAGGGCCUGGUUGUUCCAACAUCUCUCGCAUCCGUACCCUUCAGAGGAGCAGAAAAAACAGCUGGCUCAAGACACUGGACUUACUAUACUACAGGUCAACAACUG